CGAACUUGUCGCUUGUGCCAUUGAGGGAUACAAACAGAAGGUUAGCCAAGUGAUUGCUAGUAAUAUUUUCGCCAGGAUAGCGGUUUUUCGUGUUGUCUACACAGACCAAUAGUGAUUGGAUUAUGAGAAGUGGAUGUUGGCUUUGUUAGGACUGUGAUUGAGCACCAUGGCUGCAGCCCCGUCACUCAGACGAACAGAUUCAGCUCGUGGAGAGUUUUCUCCGCUGAAACACUUUGUCGUAGCUAAGAAGAGAAUCAGCGAUGUAUUUGAUCAACUGCUCAACUACGUAAAAGAGACUUCAGACUUUGUGGAAGAAAUAAAUGGGAAUAAAGCUUUGGAGAACAUUGCCACUCAAGAUCAGAAGUUGGAGAUUCAGGGUUAUGCUGACAAAAUUGCUGUCAUCAAGGAAGUGCUUGCACGCAGGCACAUGAAAGUGGCCUUUUUUGGAAGGACCAGUAACGGUAAAAGCACAGUGAUCAACGCCAUGCUGAGGGAUCGUGUACUGCCCAGUGGCAUUGGUCACACCACUAACUGCUUCCUGAGUGUGGAGGGAACUGAUGAUGACAAGGCUUACCUCAAGACAGAAGGCUCUGAAGAGGAGCAAAGCAUUAAGACUGUAAACCAGCUGGCUCAUGCUCUUCAUAUGGAUGAAAGCCUGGAUGCCGGCUGUCUUGUCCGUGUGUUUUGGCCAAAGACCAAGUGUGCUCUGCUUCGAGAUGACCUGGUGCUUGUGGACAGCCCGGGGACAGAUGUCACGUCACAGCUGGACAGCUGGAUUGACAAGUUUUGUCUGGACGCUGAUGUCUUCGUGCUGGUGGCGAACUCAGAGUCUACACUCAUGAACACGGAAAAACACUUUUUCCACAAAGUGAACGAGCGUCUCUCAAAGCCGAACAUCUUCAUCCUCAACAAUCGCUGGGACGCCUCAGCAAACGAACCAGAAUACAUGGAGGAUGUAAGGAAACAGCACACAGACCGCUGUGUAAAAUUCCUGGUAGAGGAGCUGAAAGUUGUUGACUAUGAGCAGGCACCCAACCGCAUUUUCUUUGUCUCUGCAAAAGAGGUGCUCAAUUCCCGCAUGCAGCGUGCGCAGGGCAUGCCUGAAACAGGUGGCGCUCUGGCUGAGGGCUUCAAGGAGAGGCUGAAGGAGUUCCAGAGCUUUGAGCGGAGGUUUGAGGAGUGUAUCUCGCAGUCAGCAGUGAAAACAAAGUUUGAACAGCACACUAUCAGGGCCAAGCAGAUCACAGAAAAAGUCAAGAGUAUCAUGGACGCCAUCAACAUCGAGGCGGCGGAGAAAAGAGUGGCAGCACUGGAGGACAGAGAGUACCAAAUGGAUCGGCUGGAAUUUGUCAGGAAUCAGCUCAACCUGCUGAUUGAAGAGAUUAAAAAGAAGAUCAAAGCCAUCAGCGACGACGUGGAGUCCAAGGUGUCCAUCGCCAUGGGAGAGGAGAUCUGUCGUCUCCAUGUGAUUGUUGAUGAGUUCCACUCUGAUUUCCAUCCCUCACCGCAUGUCCUCAAGAUCUACAAGUCUGAGCUGCUGUCUCAUGUGGAGGAGGGAAUGGGGAAGAACUUGGCCUUCCGCUGCUCCAACGCUGUCCAUGCCUCUGUCCAGUCCUCCCAGAGAUACAUGAUAGAGAGUAUGCAGCCUCUGCUUCCCUCUGUGAUGCAAAGCCAAGUCCACAUGCUAGUGCCUAACAGGACGUUUGACCUGAGUUACGACCUAAACUGCGCCACAAUCUGCAGCGACUUCCAGGAGAGCAUAGAGUUUCAGUUUUCAUUGGGCUGGCAAGCUUUAGUCCACCGCUUCCUGGGAUCUGUUAAUGCACAGAGGGCUCUCAAACUGAUGGACCAAAACUUCCAGACAUCUCGACCAGCAUUGCAUCAGGCACAAACACCGUCUUCAGGACCCCCCUCCAUUGCUGCACCACCUAAUAACGAGAUGGCACUCAUGACCCAGGAAGACCUGAUGGUAGCCAUGGCAAACAAUGUGGCAUCUCUCACUUCCCGCACUUCAAUGAGCGCUGUCAUCGUUGGAGGAGUGGUGUGGAAAGCAGUUGGCUGGAGGCUGAUUGCCCUGUCGGCAUCACUCUAUGGCCUGUUGUACCUGUAUGAGAGACUCACCUGGACCACAAAAGCAAAGGAGCGUGCUCUGAAACGCCAGUUUGUAGAUUACGCAACUGACAAGCUGCAGCUCAUCGUCAGCUUCACGAGUGCAAACUGUAGUCACCAGGUCCAACAGGAGAUGGCUGCGACAUUUGCUCGGCUCUGUCAGCAGGUGGACCAGACGCAGAAAGAGCUGGAGGCAAACAUCUGCCAACUGACAGCCAAGAUAGAUCAGCUGGAGACCGUCCAGAGUCGUUCCAAGAUCCUACGACAUAAAGCCACAGAGCUGGAGAAACAUUUGGAGGAAUUCACAAAUCAGUACCUGCAGCCUCAGGAGUGAAGCUGCUCUUCUUCAUCGCUCCACAGUUUGCCUCUUUUCGAGCCGGUCACUCGUCAGUCUGGUGCCGCCCCAACAUGCCGUCACCUUGUGCAGAUGGUAGCGCUGAAAAUCUCUGAAUCGACUGAGCCAACAUCUGGAAAACAGUCUUUACAUAUUUUGAUAUUCAGUGAAAUGACACUCAUAAUGAGGCAGAAGCUCUCCCAGCCUCUCAAAUAUGAAGUUCUGAUCCUCUUGUUUCAGUUGUGAGAUGGGUUUUUUUGUUUAUUUGAUGUAAUGCAAAAAGAAUAUAUAUUUUUGGUCAUUUUGUAUACCUCAGUUUAUCAAAAGAAAAAGGAAAAAUAGGGAUGUAUUGAUAAUAAGCAGGCAAAGAGGAGGGGAAGCCCAGAAACACAUAUUUCCACUCUUUCCUCAGCCAGUCAGGUGCCUCAGAUGAUCACAAACACCUCACUCAUCACAGCCUACAUGGACCGUAGUUGUACAACAAAAAAAAAACUAUGGAGCGGGACGUCUUCUCGGUCAGGUGCUGAAUUUUGACACUAACUUGCUGUGACUCAUUGUGAAUAUGCCUCUCCCCCCAUCCAAUUACUGUUUGUGGAGCAGAUGAAGUUUGUGUGUCUGAGAUAAAACAAGUAUCUGCUCAGACACUUGGUCAACUGUACUUAAAAGGAAAUAAACAAAAAUAAAUAGAUUUAAUACUAAAAAAACAACUUUGUUUUUCAUAAUUAUAAGAAACAAGUUCAUCCUUGAAGUAGGAAGGGAAAGCAUGUCUGUAAUUACGGUAGUUUGAGUUCUAUUUUCUAACAACCUAAACUACACAUCAAAUACUUUGGACAACCACAGAUAUUUUUAUUAUAUUUAAUUUUAUGUAUGCAUACUAGACAAUACAAUUACAGCAGGCUUAUUUGGUAAACUUCUUUUUUUCCUGAACGUGUGUUUCAGAUUUACCAGAUUAAACUAGAAAAAGUCUGAUGUUGACAUUUUGUACAUUUUUUUGAAACACAUUCAAAUACACUUCCUGCAAACAGUUCCAACUCAUUUCACUGAACUGCAGCUUGGUGGCAGCAACACACCAGCCAGGCUGCAAAAAUCUGAGUGUUGCAUAUAAACUAAUAUGACAUGUUUUACAUGUAAGUUGUAGCUUGAAUGCAUUUUAAGUAUAAUUUCUCAUGCCUGCAUCUGCCACAGGGCUAUUGUGUAUUAUUAUGCAGACUUGAGGAUUGUAAGGAAACCUUUCUUGAAUGGCAACCAAAUUUUCUUCUGACACUGCUCAACAUCAAAUCACUGAAAAGUGAGGUGCAGCCAUGAUGCCAUCUUUAGCAAGAGAGGAUUGCUUGCAACAAAUAUGAUGGAUAUGUAGUUUGUUUUGUUUUUAGCAAUGUUUUGUCUUCUGUAGCCUUAAUAGCUGACAAAUGUCCACACAGUCACUUUUUUUUAUAGAAUUCAGGUUGCAGCUGAGCUCAUCAAUGAUAAAGACUGACCACAUUGGUGCGUCCCAUCAAGGUUAUCUGAAUCCAGUAGUGGAAGCUCCACUGCCAUACUGAUCAGUUGUUUUCCUGCUGUUGCAGGCUUGUGCAGAACUUGAGGAGCUCCACUUCUGAAUCAGGUGUAUGAGCAGGGAAAGUUUUAAAACCUGCAAUGCUCAGAAGUUUUGACGAGUUGUCCUGCACUACAUGGUCCUGAUGAAGCACCAAUUCUACCACCUUUAGAAAACACAAAUAAUCCCAUUUACAAGCAAGCUGUCCUUUUAAACCUGCUUUUCCCUUAAAUUAGAAUUUAAAAUGAUUAAAAUCCCUUUGGCCAAAGCUGCUUCUUUUAUGUCCCUGUCAAAUCUUUUAGGAUUUUAAAUACCAAGUUCAAUUUUUACAACACAGUAAAAUAUUCUGUAUAGUUCUAACGCAGUUGUGGUCUUCAUACAUCUUUAUGUAAACAAAACCAGCAUAGAUUUCCUUGGUUAAAAGCUUUUUUUUUAUUAUGGGUUACAAUAACUCAUGGCAACAUAUCAGUAUCACCAAGCCACUGUACAAAUACAAAAAACCAAAAAGAAAAAAAAAAGGUCUGGUGUGAAAAAGACUAUAAAAAUGAUUCCAUAAGUGAUUAAAAUUUCACACAAUAGCACUGUAAGAAUUAUCAUGGCACCAAGUCCCCUGUCUUCACUGGCUUAAAACAGAAAACAAUAAAUAAAACCAAAGUGAAAAAGAAAAGAACUGAGUUUAAAGUCAAAGGGCAAUGCAGUGAUCAUGUGGUAAGAUGUGAGAAUGAUGAUUAUUAAACUGGUGGUUGCAGCUAGCACAAUGAAUACUGCCUGAGUGUCUGCUCUCACAAGCUCAACACUGACCCAAACA